AUGCCACUGACCGAUCAGAUAGCAGGAGUCUUAGAGCUCAUGUUCUGCCGAAAGCUCCAUCUGGCCACUCAUGCAGCCCAUUCUGCGCCAUCCAUAAAAGUGCCUCCGUCCAUGCCAUCCGCCGUCCUAUUGGAGUGCAAUGGCAUUGCAGAUGCUCUUGUGAAGGCCAUCCGUAAUCCUGUAAGGCUGCAGUGGGACAUUGAUAGAUAUUGCGACAGCCUUUCAAUUCAGCCCACGGGGCAGAAUAAAGUCCUCGAGGCAGAACUGGAACGGAAGUGGCCUCCUCCAUUUGGUGAGAGCGAAAUACGCAUAGACCAGCCCGCCACCCUCGUGGACAUGCACAGACGCAUCUUGGCUUGGAUACUUCCAAGAGUGUUGAUACCAGACCGUCAGACGAAGAUGCUCCAAGCGACCAGGGCCCUACACCCAGCAAUAGCAGCCAGUAAGCCUUCCAGCACCACCGCCAGUUGGCGACACAACCCGUUGUACUUCUUGCCUCCUGAGGAGUGUGCCUAA